CAAAGUAAGAAAAUACAUCAACAACAGAGUACUCUUUAAAAAGGAGAACUCUUGUGAAAAUGAACGAAUCUACGAAAUUCGUGGAAUAUACGAUUCCUAGAGAAGAUAUUUCUUAUUGUGUAGAAUUUUGUAAUUCAGAAACAUCUUCUCAGCUUCUCGCAGUUGGAACGGAGUCCAAAGUUUCUAUUUACCAGCUUAAAUUUAAGGAAGAGGAUGAGGAUGUGGAGGAUUUCGAGUUUCAACAGCUAACAGACUUCCAGAAUGGCUGCCGUGUGACUGCAAUGUCCUGGAGCCCUGACACAUCACUUUUCUCACUGCCAAAAGUUAUCAGACUCGCUGUUGCUGGCAGUGACAGAAGAAUCCGUAUAUUUAGCACAGAUUUGAAGGGAGAUGGGACAGUGCAGCUUCUGGAAGGCCACACGGAUUUUGUGAACUCUGUGACCUUUGACCCAGACUCCGGUACCCAGCUUGCCAGUACUGGGGACGACCGCUGGUGCCGAAUCUGGGGCCAGGAUGGGAACCAGCAGCUGGCAUUUCCCCUGGGAUCCCCUGGCAUGACCGUCUGCUGGCACAGGGAUGAACCCAUGAAGGUGAUGGUAGCCCUGAAGACGGGAACCAUCAAGAUAUUCAGCCUGACUGGUCAGCAGCAGCUCAUGUCCUUUGAGACAGGGUCAGUUCCCCUCAUGGAGGCUGACUGGAGCCUGGGUAACAAGGGGCUGCUUAUAGGGGCCGUCACAAUACAGGAGUGGGUCAUGUUCGAUGUGUCUGUCUCAAGCCAGCCUGUUGAGAGACGUCAGAUUCAUGUUGAAGGGUGUCGCCAUUUCCGCUGGGCGCGAUGUCACGACUCACUGGCUGCCACCGUUGGCAGACCUGGCAGGCAGAUCAAAGUGUUUAACACUAAAACACAACAGACGCCUCUCACCAUUUCACAGCCUAUAGCCUACACCAUAAGCUGGCACCAGAAGUUACCUGUGCUGGCGGCUGGAGGAGACCAGAAAGUGCACAUAUACAUGAUUGAGUCCAUUUGAAGAUAGCAAAUAAAGAUCUGUUAAACAUGU